AUGUUCAGUUUGUAUUAGACUUCAAUGUCGAUCGUCAGAUAGUGCAUUAAUUGUAUUUACAAAAUUAUAGGUAUAAAGAAUUUGCAAUGGGGGAGCAGAAGAAAUAUAAUUUAAACGAAACAAAUAAUAAUAAGAAGGAUCCACUAGAUGUAAAAUUUGUUAAAGGCACAGAAGAACCGACAAAACCAAAAGAUGUAUCAUAUCUUCGUAUGUUCUCAUUCGCCAAUAAACUUGAUAAAUGUCUCAUGACAUUGGGUCUAUUGUCUGCUACAGCUACUGGAAUAAUACAACCUCUUAAUACCAUCUUGUUUGGUAAGCUAACAGGAGAUAUUAUUGAAUAUGCUGAAACAUUGUACAAUAUGACUAUGACACCGGAUGAAAGGAAUAAGGCAGAGGAAAAAUUUUUCGACGGUAUACGGUAUUUUGCAUCAAUGAAUUCCUUAAUCGGAGUUGGGAUGUUCAUUUUCAGUUAUUUGGCUACGGUGUCAUUUAAUUACAGCGCCACUAGACAGAUAUUUCGAAUAAGAUCGGCUUAUCUUAAAGCUAUUCUAAAUCAAGAUGUCGGUUGGUAUGAUGUCAAUCAAACUGGAGAUUUUUCUAGCAGAAUUGCUGAUGAUCUCUUCAAGUUUGAAGAUGGUAUUGGAGAAAAAGUACCCAUAUUUAUGACAUUUCAGGUGGUAUUUAUCACAUCUUUAAUAAUAGCUCUCACUAAAGGUUGGGAACUAGCAUUGAUAUGUUUGACCUCGCUACCAGCAACGUUAAUAGCUUUAGGUAUCGUGGGAUUGUUAACAACAAAAUUAGCUAAGAAUGAAUUGGAAGCUUAUGGUAUAGCGGGAUCCAUAGCAAACGAAACAUUAUCAUUGAUACGAACCGUAACUGCCUUCGGCGGACAACAAAAAGAAAUAGAGAGAUAUAACAAAAAUUUAAUAUUCGCCAGAAAGAAUAAUAUCAGAAGAUCUAUGUUCGGGGCGAUAGGAUUCGGUCUUCUUUGGUUGAUGAUAUACUCUAGCUACGCCCUUGCUUUCUGGUAUGGUGUAAAAUUAGUUUUAAGAGAUAGAAAUGAAUCUGAUCCAGUUUAUACACCACAAAAUAUGGUCACGGUGUUUUUUAGCGUCAUGACAGGUUCGAUGAAUUUUGGAAUAGCGUCACCUUAUAUAGAAGCUUUCGGAAUAUCUAAAGCUGCAGCUGCUAAAAUAUUUAGUGUCAUUAAUCACGCUCCUACGAUUAACGCAUCUAAAGGAAAAGGAAAAAAACUUAAUUCCCUUCGAGGAAAUGUCCAAUUCAAGAAUGUUAACUUUUCUUAUCCUUCAAGAAAAGAUGUACCUAUCUUCAAACAACUGUCUCUUAAUAUUGAUGCUGGUGAAACCGUGGCACUCGUUGGUACUUCUGGUUGCGGAAAAUCCACAGUAAUUCAGCUCAUUCAACGACUCUAUGACGCAGAUUCUGGAGAGGUUAUGAUAGAUGGUACACCGAUCAAAGAUUUCGAUUUAACAUGGUUGAGAAGUCAAAUGGGUGUUGUGGGUCAAGAACCGGUUCUUUUCGGUACUACAAUCUCGGAAAACAUUAAAUACGGAAAAGAAGGAGCGACAGAUGAUGAAGUUGUAACAGCAGCGAAAAAGGCGAACGCUCACAACUUUAUUCAAUUGUUACCGAAUGGAUACAAUACCUUGGUAGGAGAAAAGGGUGCCCAACUUUCUGGUGGACAAAAACAGAGAAUAGCUAUCGCCAGAGCUUUGAUACGUGAACCCACUUUAUUACUAUUGGACGAAGCUACUUCGGCUUUGGAUAAUACCAGCGAAGCUAAAGUUCAAGCCGCUUUAGAUGCUGCAAGUGUCGAAUGUACAACCAUAAUAGUAGCACACAGAUUGUCAACUAUUAGAGGUGCCAAUAAAAUUAUAGUUCUUGAAAAUGGAAGUGUAGUAGAACAGGGAAAUCACGAUGAACUAAUGGCACUACAGAAGGAAUAUUACAAACUUGUCAUGGCGCAAGUAAAAUCUACAGAGCAAUUUGGUGUUUCCCAUCAGAAUAAAACAGAUUCUUCAAUCUUACAAAAUGAAGACGAAGUGAAAACUCCUAACCAAAAUGAGAAAUAUAAAGAAAUAGAUGACUUUUUGGUCGAUAACUCUGUAUCGAUAUGGGAGAUAGUAAAAAUGAACGCUCCGGAAUGGCCGUAUAUUCUUUUAGCCUGUGCUGGAUCCAUUGUAGUGGGAUGCGGAAUGCCAGUGUUUGCUGUAUUAUUUGGGAGCAUCUUAGGAACACUAGCAAUUGCUGAUGAAGAUACUGUAAGGACUGAAACUUAUAAAUAUUGUUUAUAUUUCGUCUUCGGUGGAAUUGCUACCAUGAUAUCCGUUUUUAUACAGAUGUACAUGUUAGGUAUUGCGGGUGAAAAACUGACUGAAAGAGUUCGUAGUAACUUAUUUAAAGCGAUGAUAUCACAAGAAAUUGGAUUCUUUGAUAAGGAAGCAAAUGGAGUAGGAGCUCUGUGCUCAAAAUUGUCUACCGAUGCAGCAAACAUACAAGGAGCAACUGGUCAACGUGUUGGUACGAUAUUGCAAUCAAUAUCCACGUUCUGUCUUGCUAUUGGUCUCUCAAUGUACUACGAAUGGAAAUUGGGAUUAGUUACUGCAGCUUUUACACCAAUUAUAUUGGUAGCAAUGUUCUUUGAAAGGAGAAAUACAUCAGGUCAAAGUGAUUCUCGAGAUAAAGCAUUACAAACAUCAACACGGGUAGCCGUGGAAGCUGUUGGAAAUGUUAGAACUGUUGCAGCUUUAGGUUUGGAGGACAAAUUCCAUCGCAUUUACAUAUCAGAGCUUCUACCUAAUUAUAAAUCGUCUUUAAAAAAAGUUCAUUGGAGAGCUAUUGUAUUUGGUCUAUCCAAAAGUCUACUAUUCUUCGCGUAUGCCACAGCUAUGUAUUAUGGAGGGUAUCUCAUACGGGAUGGUUUAUCUUACGAAAAAGUGUUUAAAGUAUCACAAGCACAGAUAAUGGGUACAGUAUCAAUUGCUAACUCAUUAGCGUUCUCACCAAACGUUUCUAAAGGGAUAACAGCUGCGAGGAAAGUUAGAACGUUCCUUUCUAGAAUUCCUUUAAUAAGAGAUAAAAUUAAUGCAAAAAAUAUGAACGAGGUACAAGGAAAAUUGAACUUUGAAAGUAUAGAGUUCACUUAUCCCACUAGACCGAACGUACUAAUUCUAAAAGGUCUCGACUUGAAUAUCCUACAGGGCAAAACUAUCGCCUUGGUAGGCGAAAGUGGUUGCGGAAAAUCGACGAUCAUCCAAUUAAUCGAAAGAUUUUAUGAUCCUUCUUCAGGUGAAGUUCAUUUAGACGGAGUAAAUCUCAAAGACGUAGCUUUAGGUUCAUUACGAUCGCAUAUGGGGAUCGUUGCUCAAGAACCUAAUUUAUUUAAUAAAUCCAUCGCUGAUAAUAUAGCUUAUGGAGAUAACUCCAGGGAUGUACCGAUGGAUGAAAUCAUUCAAGCAGCGAAAAAUGCGAAUAUUCAUAAUUUUAUAACUGGUUUGCCUCAAGGCUACAAUACUGAACUAGGAGAAAAAGCAGUUCGAUUAUCAGGUGGUCAAAAACAAAGAAUCGCUAUAGCAAGAGCCUUGGUAAGAAACCCAAAAAUUUUACUACUAGAUGAAGCAACGUCCGCACUAGAUACCGAAAGUGAAAAGGUUGUACAAGAAGCUCUUGAUACAGCUAAGAAAGGGAGAACUUGCGUCACGAUAGCACAUAGAUUAACGACGAUCCAAGAUGCAGAUUUAAUUUGUGUAGUCCAAAAUGGUGUAAUUGCGGAAUCAGGAACACAUGAAGAAUUAAUAAAGAAAAACGGAUUGUAUUAUAAAUUGUAUACUCAGAAGAAAUAACGAGCUUUUUGUGAUUAGGUAGACAAAUUUAUUUCUCAAUUGUGGUAUCCAGAUUUUUUUUAAACUGAAUGUAUGUGUAAGUGAAUGAAUAAUAAAUAUUUUGAAAAUAA